CUUCGUGAUUCGGUAUCCGUCUUAGAGACAAUUAGUCAAACACCUGGUGUGUGUGUGUGAGCCAAUCCCAGUGGAUUCCAUCAAGAACACGGAUUAAGACACCAAACGACAAAGAAAUAAUUCAUUUUUACGUAGUCUGAUUCUGAUAAGUUCAGCUCCAAAAACGGAGGAUUAAGAAGCAAAGAAACGUUAAAUCAAUUCACUGACUGACAUCCCAUGUUAAGAAAAAGGGGGAAAAAGUUGUAAUCCACUUGCAGUAGUGGUUUCUGAUCUUCUUCAAAGUUUAUUCAGCGUGUUUCUUUAAUGAUUGAAGAAUUGGUGGAUUUAGAUCGCUUGUGGUUCGGAGAUUGGGUGAAUGUAUGAGAAAGACGAAGAAUCUGAAUCUGAAUCAGAAAUGGGUCGAGAGAUUUCGAAUCUUCUACGGCCGCGAUUCCUUAUUAUCUUCUUGAUCGGUUCAGUUCUUGUCUUCCUUGCCUUCUCAUCGUUCUCUGAACAGGAGGAAGAGACAGUAGAAGAGGUGCAUGAAAUUACUCACAGAGUUUUCCUGGAUGUUGAUAUUGAUAAACAACGGUUAGGAAGAAUCGUUAUAGGAUUGUAUGGAGAAGUUGUGCCAAAAACUGUUGAAAAUUUCCGUGCUUUAUGCACAGGGGAAUUGGGCAAGGGUAAUAAUGGUAAAACACUACACUAUAAAGGAAUCCCAUUCCAUCGAAUCAUACCUGGGUUCAUGAUUCAGGGUGGAGAUAUUGUCUCUGGUGAUGGGAGGGGGAAUCAAUCCAUAUAUGGUGGUACCUUUCGUGAUGAAAAUUUUAAGAUCAAACACUCACACCCAGGUAUGGUGGCCAUGGUGAAUUCAGGUCCAGAUUCCAAUGGCUCACAGUUCUUCAUCACUACAGUUAAGGCUUACUGGUUGGAUGGUGAACAUGUUGUGUUUGGCAAAGUUAUCGAAGGGAUGGAUAACGUGUACGCGAUAGAAGGUGGAGCGGGUACGUACAGUGGGAAACCAAGGAAAAAGGUCGUAAUUAGUGAUUCCGGUGAGAUCCCAAAAAGUGAAUGGAAUCGGGAGACCGGAAUCACAACAAAUGAAUCAUGACCAAUGGCAUCAUAUUAGCUAUAUGUUUCUUUGGGUUUUUAGAUAGCUUGACAAUUCUUGAAGAUGAUAUCUCUCAUAGUCAACUAAUUAGAAACUUCAGAAUUUAGAUAAGUGCAAUAUUGAUCUUUGCACUUUGUUACCUAUACAUGUGUUUUUGUAGUUAAUGGGGGUUGAAGUUCGAAAUCA